AUGAGCAAGGUACAGGUGGCGCAUGGCAGCCGACUAGCCAACCUGAUCGAUUAUAAACUAAGAGUGCUUACUCAAGAUGGCCGAGUUUACAUUGGACAAUUGAUGGCAUUUGAUAAGCAUAUGAAUUUAGUGUUAAAUGAAUGUAUAGAGGAAAGGGUACCCAAAACACAACUUGAUAAGUUAAGAUUGAAAAAAGAUUCAAAAGAUGGAACGCCCUUAAAUAUUAAAGUGGAAAAAAGAGUACUAGGCCUGACGAUAUUAAGAGGGGAGCAAAUUCUAUCUACAGUUGUGGAAGACAAGCCGUUACUUUCCAAAAAGGAAAGAUUGGUGAGGGAUAAAAGAGAGAAGAAGCAAGCACAGAAACAGACAAAACAAAGAAAAGAGAAAGAAAAGAAGCCAGGAAAAAUUGCUAAACCGAAUAGCGCUAGUGCUAGGCAUCUUAACAACGGUGGUAGGGAAGUUGCGCAGCCAUCUUCGAGUAGGUAUAAUAGUAGCAACGAUAAUAUUGGUGCUAACAGGUCAAGGUUUAAUAGUGAAGCACCUCCUCAGACAAGGAAGUUUCAGCCUCCACCUGGUUUUAAAAGAAGAUGA